AUUGAAGAAAGAAAACCAUGGUGACGUAGCUGGUGUGUGCAUUUGAAUAAGAAAAAACAAUCAAUUGACUUCUGAAGGAAAUAGAUCUAAAAGUUAAAUGAAGAAACGAGUUUAUUGAUAACGGUGUUGAGAUUUGAGGCGCCAAAUAAUCGCGAAGAUAGUCUGUGAUGGACGAAGAAGAAGCUCCAUCUCAUCGGCCUCCUCCUCCGUUUGUGGAGGUGAAAUGCGAGAGUUCAGGCAUGAGAAGGCGCUUCGCAAUGGGCACAGAAGCAGGUUUCGCAGUGUCAGUCAUAAACAGCAAAUUGGGGGACCCUCACCCUCACCCUCACCCUCUUUCUCUGCACAUUGAAGCCGUUAAGGAAGGUGAGGAGCCUAUCACUUUCGGACCCAACUCACUUCUCGUCGACUACGGCCCCGGUUGGACAUUACACACUGUUACCCAACUCCCAUUUUCUGGUGGAGAAGGUGUUGUUAGGCCAAAGCCAAUGCAAGUUCCUCAUGUAAUGUUCUUUUGUAGGGCUCUGACAACUUGCAUGCUGCAAAGGGGGUACCAAGACAAGCAAUCGAUUUUAUGUACGUUGGAAAAAUAGUGUUAGCUUUUAUUUUUAUUUUUGUACUUGGCGCAAUUUUGACUUUGGUUCUUGAGAACAUUCCUAGACUGAUGAAGUUGCUCGAACAAUAUGUGUAAUCUUACAACACUGAAGAUAAAUCACCUUAUGUCAAUGCUUAUGUAUAAAACAAAGAAGCAGAGCUGAAGAUAUCCUCUCAAACAUUAUUGGACUAGACCCUAGACCAAAAGGGUAGGGCUAGGUCAAUGUAUUGUUUGGUAGACUCAUGUUUAACCGUUUAAGUAGUCAUUUGAUUACUCAUUCA